AUGUUUCAUAAAUUUCAAUCCACUUCACUUUUGUUAUUUGGAUCGAAUUUUAAAAUGUUAAAAUGUAAUGCUUCGUCAUUGGAUGGUAAAAUGAUGAACAAAGUUAUGGGUCUCAGUCAGAAAACCAAAAAGGUUUGGUACAAACCGAAUGUUGGAGCAAAUCCUACUUUUGAAGAACUUAUGAAACAAACAACAAAAAACAAUGCUGGACGACAGACAAGCAAGCGUUUAGUUGUUCUAAAUAAGUUAUUAAUGAAGAAUAUAACUGAUUUAAUGGCAACAGGUGAAAACUCUGAUAAACUCGUUGGAUAUGGUCUAGAAAUUUCAAAGGUUUGUAUUGCAGGAGAUUAUAGAUCUGUCAAUGUAUAUUGGAUGGCUGGAAAAGCUGAAGAUGAUUCCCUAUUAGAAAAACUAUUGCAGAUGAUAAGCGGUCCACUAAGACAUGAAUUAUCUAUAUUAAGAAUCAUGGGUGAAAUUCCAAAAAUACAGUUUAUUAAAGAUAAGACUUAUGCAAACAUAGCAGCAGUUGAUCGGUUAUUAAGUAAAGCAGAUUUUGGUGAAGAUUUUGUUCCUACAUGCAAUGUUUUAUUAAACAAUCACCCUACAAUCUAUACCAGUAUUGAUCCAGAGAUCAAAGAAAAAAUUAAAGAAUUAGAGGACAAAGAAAAUCUAAAAGAAGAAAGUAACGAUGAAAUUAUAAUUCCAGAAAUGAAGAUGGAUGUAAUGGGUCUUGAUCAUAGUGCAAUAAUGGCCAGAUUGAACGUGGCCAUCCUUAAGUCAAAAGCUGCUCAUCGUCAACCUUCUGCUGUACAUAAUGUUAUGAAAAAUACUGUAACAGAACACACAGAAGAAACUCAAUAUUUGUCAUUUACUGAUUUUGUAAAAAAAAGGAAAAUUCAAGAAGCCAAAUCUUUGGGUAGAAGGAGGAGUAGGUCGAUUGAGAAAGAAAUGUAUGAUAAAGAUGUCUUGUCGAGUUAUGAAGAAGAAGAAGAAGAUGAUAAAAUUGACGAAUAUCCAUUUAAAAUUUAAAUUAAUAUACCAAUUUUGUUUUAGUAUUUCUUGUAUUUGGUCCAAUGUAUCAAUCC